UUCAAGCAACCGCUUCGAAAGCGUAACUGUAAGCCUCAACACGCUUCCUCUUCAUGUGUCUCUGAAAAGUGUUACAGAGAACCUCAAAACGUUUUCUCUUCUGUGGUCUAGAAGUAAAAAGGGGUCAAAUAAGAAACCUAAAGGGGGCCAAAUUUGAGAGGGAGAGAACGAUCAAGAGAGGAAAGACAUGAGAUUCAGAGACCCGAGCGAAAGGAAGAGAAAUCAGUGGUCUGGGAGUGAGCUCGACGGUGGAGAUCGAUACCACUCGCGAAUGCGAUAUCAUUGUCGCAAGGAGCCUCACGUCGCCUUCGCACAAUCAUGCUCCUUCUCCCAUCUUUUUUUUGUGCAUACACCUUUAUCUCUCUCUGCUGAGGGAAUUCAUGCAAUCAGUGUCUGCAGAAUUUAACCGCUCAUGUAUUUGCAUGUGGCCAGAGAAGAAGGACUUGAAGGCUGCUUGGACAUGGAUACUGUCAGCAUACAGUAUGGACAAACAACAAAUAUGCCUUCAGAUUGAGAAAACCAAUGCUUUCAAGAGUGCACCAUGUUUCUUCGUGAGCCUGUUGCUUAGUCCCUUGCAUGUUGUGGCUGCUUUGAGCUGUGAAGAUUGCAAAUUAGAAAGAGUGUGGUCUCAGCUUGCUCAUCAGAAAGUGGUUAAGAUAAGUUUUUUUCUUCUCUACAAUGAUGGCACUCAUGAAUGAGGGUUGUUUGUUCAUCAGAAUGUGGCUGCAAUAGCUAAGGUAAAGCUGUAACAGUUAAAUCUGCAUGCCUGCUUAUAUAGUUCUUUUUAUUGUUGAGGUUUUGAGCAUUAUAGUGUUUGUUAUCUUACAGUUGGUUGGCCCUUGGCAUGACCUCUACAUAGAUCUCUAUGGAAACUUGAUGAUGUUAGAAGAGAAAAACUUCAACAAUUGAUUUCAGAUUUUGAAGUUGCUGUGUUAGUGAUUUUGGUACAAAUAUGUGAUUUUUUCAACAGAGAAGAAAUGUUGCAAUGAUUAGAAAUUUUGCUCUAGAGGAUGACUUAUUCUUUCAAAUUGAAAGUCAAAUAUUCAAGUUCAAGUAACAGAUAAGGACUCUGGGGUGUUGGUUUUAUUUUCUGAUAGUUUUAAAAAUUGUGCCUGGCCUUAUAAAUUGUUUGUUUGUAGGUGUUACGCUGGAGAAAUUUCAAGAAGAAUACACCUAUAGAAUCGAUUCCAAGGAAGAUACCUGAAAAGGGGGAUUGUGCAUUAGAUCACGGAAGCUACUUUAAUUCAAUACUUACCAAUAACUGUUAGAAAUAACAUUCUCAGUUAUGUUUCCUGUUUUUAAUCAUUGCUUAAAGUGUCUUUCAGGGUCAAUUACAAAGGAAAGUGUUUUUAAUAGUCACUUAGAGCAUCUCCAACCCACAAAACCUUAUUUGAUUUCUUAACACACUAUUCAGCACUAUUCAGCACUAUUCCUGUGGGCCCGUACUGCCACAUUAGCCUUAAGGAACUCCUAAAGAACUGAACCAACUUUUACUCCAACCCAUGGUUUCUUAAAUUACUAUUUGAAGGGUCCCACAUGUGUCCCACCAUACAACAUAAAUUAAUAAUAUUUAUUUUCACCCAAUUUAUAUUUAAAAUUUAAUACUAAAUCAAUACUAUAAUUAAAUUUAAUUAUUUCCUUUAAAUUUCCUAAUACUAUAAUUAAAAUUAAUGUUUGGGCUGAAAGUUAAAAAAAAAAACAAUUGGGC